UUAAUUCCAUCAUGGCGGCUGCCAGAAGACACAAGCGCGUGGCAGCUUCUCAACCAGGAUUUUUGCCUCUUAAAGCGGAUUUAGAUGGAAACAUUGCGGACAUCAAACGGAGAAAACGUGUAAACAAAAACAGGAAAAAGAACUGGAACAAAUACAGUGAUAUUCAUGAUGUGGAGGACUUUCUGGAUGACGUGCGGCUUCAGGAGAGAGCCACAGGUGGGUUGAUAUCUGAAAAACCUGAUGACAGCCUCUUCUUUGUAGACUUGGGUGAAAAAGAAAAAGACACUCGACCACAAGAAGAAGAAACCGUCAAGAAGUCUAGAAGUUCAAAGCCACUGCGGAUAGAUCUAAUUCUUCGGCCUGCCUCUCACAUACAAGCACCAAAGAAUAUAUUAGCCUUCCAGCAGCCCAACGCUAAAAAGCAGCGGCGCAUUGCCGAGAAAGCAGCAAAGUUGGCGGCCAUAGGCGUGGUGCCACGCAGAGAAAGACUUCUUCAGCUCCGCAGGGCUGCUGCCACCACCAGAGUCCCUGUUAAAGAAAAUCCAGCCUGUAAUAAUCCACAGACACCUUUUUAUGACCUGUGGAGUGCAGGCACACCAGAAACAGCAGAUCCCUACUACCUCGAACAGACUAAGAAAAAGCGUGUCAGGAGACCAAGUAAACUGAAUGAGAAGCCCUCUGUUCUUCCUGCAGUUGAGAUUAUCGCUCCUGGAGCUUCAUACAACCCAGACUUCUUUUCUCACCAGGAGCUGCUCCGUGAAGCGCAUAAGGUGGAAGUCAAGAAGCUAAAGGAGGAGGAAAAAUUGCAGCGACAAUUGGCUGUGAAUGGAGAAAUUGCAACUGAGGAGAGCACCUUUAAUGAGCAGGUGGAAGGUUUGAUUGAAGAAGAAGAAGAAGAGGAGGAGGAGGAGGAGGAGGAGACGGAACAAAAGCAGCCGGAGGAGGAGACCGAGGACACAGCUGUCGGACCGUCUGCAACUCAAAAAAAGAAAACCGAGAAACAGAGGAAGAAAGAGAAAGCAGAAAGGAUAAAGGAGUUGCAAAAGAAAGCUGAGCGUCAGGUGAUUGACAGGAGGCAACAGUUGUUCCAGCUGCGAUCUAUCCAUGCCAACCUGAAAAAACAGGAACAGGUGACAAAGAUGAGACGGACUCAGCGGAAGGCCAAUCAGGAGGCGGAGAAAAGCAUGCCACGUCGACUGGGCAGACUCAAGUUCCAGACACCUGAUCUGGAUGUGCAGUUGAGCGAUGAGCUUCCCGGCUCUCUUCGCAGUCUAAAGCCAGAGGGCAGCAUCCUCAAAGACAGAUUUAAGAGCUUCCAGAAGAGAAACCUGAUUGAGCCCAGAGAGAGGGCCAAAUUUAAGAGGAGAAUCAAGGUGAAGUACACAGAAAAGAGGGCAUUCAGGGAGAUAAAGUGACUGUCACAAUACUCCCACAGUGGAGCAAACUAUGACAACAUAACGUGCUGUGCUGCUCACAGAACAAUCAAAAUAAAUUACUUGGAUUCUAAAAUUACUUGAUACUUUGUUGCAUUUAUUGCGUGUGUUUCUAAAAAUAUGUAAACUUGUAUUGUCUGUUUGUUUAGUGAUACAUUAUUAUGAGUAGGAAUUGGUAGUUAAAAAACACAUUUUAUUAAAGGUGCCGGUUUUGGUUUAUGCUCCAGUUCUCCUGCCAAACGGUCUGGCUCAAAUCAAUGCGGAUACUAUGGAAUGCGGAUUAGAUACACCGGGAUGAAUUACUGCGGCAAAAUACAGCCGAGUGCUUUGGGUGAAAUAUAUUGUAUUUUACAUUGCUAUGCAUUGCUAUUUCAUUUUCAAUAUGACAAAUGUACAUGAAGUUUUAUCUUCUUGGCUUGUUAAUUGGUCAGCCUUGAGGGUUUAAGAAAAUCUGUGCAAAUUUGUUAAAAAUGCCAUUGAUGUUAUUUCAAGAAAAGCCAUGUAAUUAGACAUAAUGGCCUGGUUUCGCAGACAAAGCUUAGUUUAAGCCAGGACUAUGCCUUAGUUUAAUUUGAAUAUUUAAGUCCCUUUAGAAAAAAAACAUUACUGGUGUGCAUCUUGACACAAAACAUUGGAACUAAUAUAUUUUAAGAUAUGCCAGGGCAAGUUAUUUUCACUUAAGACAGCUAAAACAUUCAUUUUAGUCUUGGACCAGGCUCAAAAAAUUUAAUGAGGCCGUUUAGGAACAACAUAGUCAGCUUUUAUCAAUGGACUUACAGUAUAGGCCAUAUAUAGCAUGCAAUGUGCAGAAUGCUGUAAUUUACUACAAUUUGAUGUAACAUAACCAGGCUUUGUAUAUAAAAUAAAAAUAAAUAUGUACUCU